ACGCCCUCAAAGCUCACCUGAUUUACCUGAGCGGAAGCCGUACUGUAUGAACUUGUACCAGGAAACAACCAAAACUUGACAAAUUAUAGAAAUCAGUCUUCUCUUCAACAAUUAUUUAAUACAAAUGUUUUGACAGAAAGUUGCAUGGCGGGUGUAAUAGAUAUUGGCAGUAAUACAGCCAUGGCAAGUGGAUCCUCACCUAAGGCUCCAGAUCGAAAGAUUGUACUGCUGGGAAAAGCUGGAGCUGGAAAGAACAGAGUAGCCAGGUUCAUCCUGGGAGACACAAAGCUAAAUGAAGAGAGUGAAGAGUGUCUUUUACAUGAAGGUGAACCUGCAGGAAGGAGGAUCUGCAUCGUGAAUACACCAGGAUGGGACAGAGAUUCUAUAGAGUGCACUACAGAGAAAAUUAAAAAAGAAAUCGUCCGAAGUGUGACUCUUUGUCCUCCAGGUCCCCAUGCUCUGGUUCUGGUGAUGCCCAUAAACGCUGAUGAUGAACUAUCUGUAAAUGAACUUAAAUCAGCAAGUCGACACAUGGAGCUGCUCUCUAAGAGGGUCUGGAAUCACACUGUGGUGCUUUUCCUGUGUGAAGGAGAUGUGGAGGAAUCCACAAUCAAAGAACACAUUCAGAAAGCAGAAAAACUCCUGGAAAAGUGCAGGGGCAGACACUGUGUUAUGCGUCUGAGUGACUCUGAAGCCCAGGUCCAUGGACUUCUUAAAGAGAUAGACGACAUGGUGGAAGAAAAUGUUAGUGAUAGCUUUCAGCCACAGGCUUCUGAUGAACUGAUGCGGAGCAAAAUGUCAUGCAAAGAGGAUUCACAAAAGAAAACAAAUAAACAGCAGAGUGAAGAAAAAGUAGAAAAGAAGGAUGUGCUUAGGAAGAGACGUGGAAGCCUAGAAGGGUUACGUCCUAGUAUGACUACAGAUACAGAAGAUUCAGAAAGACAAAGAGAGAGAACUGAGGCCAAAACGAACAGAAAUCAGGACCAGUUGCAGUGGAAUUAUCUCAAACUCGUAGUACUGAUCCUAAUGUCCUUCAUGGGUGCUCUUAUAGUCUCAGUGGCAGGAGCCCAGUAUGGAACAAUGGGGGCAGCUGUGGGGAUUGUCACUGGAUUUGUUUUACUACCGCUCAUUAGUGUCUGGGAGACCAUGGCCGGAGUGAUGUUCUCUGAAAAUGAAAAUCAGGAGGUGGAUAUUGGUACUGUCAGGAAGAAGUAUCAGGAUGAGCUUCUGGCACUUGCAAAAUAUUACUUCAAACCUGUAGAUCGAAGGAUUGUACUGCUUGGAAAAGCUGGAGCUAGAAAGAACAGAGUAGCCAGGUUCAUCCUGGGAGACACAACACUGAAUGAAGAGAGUGAAGAGUGUCUUUUACAUGAAGGUGAACAUGCAGGAAGGAGGAGCUGUAUCGUGAAUACACCAGGAUGGGACAGAGUUUCUAUAGAGUGCACUACAGAGAAAAUUAAAAAAGAAAUCGUCCGAAGUGUGACACUUUGUCCUCCAGGUCCCCAUGCUCUGGUUCUGGUGAUGCCCAUAAACGCUGAUGAUGAACUAUCUGUAAAUGAACUUAAAUCAGCAAGUCGACACAUGGAGCUGCUCUCUGAGAGGGUCUGGGAUCACACUGUGGUGCUUUUCCUGUGUGAAGGAGAUGUGGAGGAAUCCACAAUCAAAGAACACAUUCAGAAAGCAGAAAAACUCCUGGAAAAGUGCAGAGGCAGACACUGUGUUAUGCGUCUGAGUGACUCUGAAACCCAGGUCCAUGGACUGCUUGAAGUGAUAGACAGCAUGGUGGAAGAAAGUCUGGAUGAUUUCUUUCUGCCACAGGUUUAUUAUGAAGUGGUGCAGAGCAAAAUAACACACGAUAUCAGAGAGCUGGAAAAAAGGUAUAAGGACAAAAUAGAAAUGCUAAAACAAGGAUACCAGAAAAGACUUAGUAUGUAUAAAAACCAAACUGAGGGAGAACCUUUGCUUAAGCGGAGACGGGGAAGUUUCAAUAUAAUUCCUCCAUCUUUUAAUGAAGAAAACCAAGCAGUGGGUUUUGACCAAGAGCAAGUACAUAGUAACUUCACUGGCUUUCUAGAUGUUUAAAGAUGGAAGCCUAGAGUGACAGAGUUCAAAACUUGUGAAAAAGAGAAAAUGUGAAUACACAUCUGAUUAUGUACAAUUAAAAAUAAAGCAAAACAUUUAAGGGGGGGAAAUUUGUCAUAACAAAGAUAUGAGCUUUUUGAUUUCUAAAAUGAAUAACAUUCUAACUGUAAAUAUAUAAAAAACUUUAUUUUACCUGCAAAACCUCUUGAAAAACUGUAAUCUACUGAAUACUUUCCAUUUAUUCAUUAAUUAUAACAACACCAGCAUGUGAAUAAGUAGCAAUCCAUAACAAAUUUCAGCAAGGACUCCAUUUUGUAUUGUAGCUUUACAAAAGGACAGUCUCCUUUAUGCAGAUUUGUGGUUGUACUUUAUUAUUUUUUUGUUUACUAAUGUAUAAUUUAAGUGGUUUCAGAUAUUCUUUAUAAGAAAACUAUAUCAAUUUAUAGUUAUCAAAACUUUACUUACUGGGUGUGUUUUCUUAACUCUUUAGUCAUGGCAACUGGAUCCUUUUAUUUAAGUUUCUUUGCACUUUGUUUGUUUGCCAGACAUAUUCUUAUAUUUAACACUCCUUAUAUUUAUGUAUCAAAGUCAUGCUCCUAGUGUUCCUGCUUUUGUUCUUCUUGUUCAUGUAUCACAGUUUGCUUUUGUUCACUUUUACAUAGUAUAUGAAAACCAUGUAUGACAGUAAUAGAAUAUUGUUUUAAACACACAUACACAGAAGGUCACUUCAUACAUGAUGCAAAGACAAUAUGUUCAAUCUUGAGUACCAAACUUUUUUACACCUGCCUUGUAGGUUCUCUGUCAGGUCACAGAUGGUGGAAGAACAUAAAAAGAAAGGUCCUACAAGGUGUCUGUUGCAUAGAUAAAUGGCACCAUGUUGUUGUAAAGGUUACCUAGUAAUAGUAAUUAGUAUACAUAGUGAUUGCUAACCUGUCCAAAUCUGUGGACUGGAUUAGAAAUCAUCAUAAUCUGCAUUACAUAUUGUGUACAACUAUAUAUCUUGUCCAUUAAUACACUAAACACACAUAUUCAUAGGAUUAUAUCAUUAUAUUUCUUUCUUUCUUUUAAACUUAUCUGUAACACAGUCCUGUUUUUGGUUAGAAGGUGUUUCUAAUCUAAUGUUAUUGUUUCUUCAACUGACAUCUAAAGAUCUGUAUCAUUAAUAUAAAGAUAUUUUUGGCACA